AUGCGCAUUAACGAACAUACUUGCGUCUCCACAACGAAAGUGGUCUUGGUCCCAUACUCUGCCCAUCAUGUGCCCAAAUACCACGGAUGGAUGAAGGAUCCUGAAAUCCAGGAAGCGACGGCGUCUGAACCCUUGACUUUGGAAGAAGAAUACGCCAUGCAGCGCAGCUGGCGCGACGACGGGGAUAAAUUAACAUUCAUUAUUUGCCAACCGCUCCACCAAAAUGACGGCGGAGAUCGAGAUUGUCGCGGUCAAGAGCAACAGGCGCCUGGAGCAAUGCGGACUGACGAUGCAGAAGCUGAGGGAGGAGAACAGCUUGGUCCUCAUCAUCGCGAGAUUGACGCGAUGGUCGGAGACGUGAACCUCUUCAUCUCGACGACGGCCCUGGGAGACGAUUCUGGAGGAUGUGGCGGCGGCGGCGGCGGCGGUGGUGGUGGUGGUGGUGGUGGCGACAUCCCGAUCCUCCUCACCGGCGAAAUCGAAGUCAUGAUCGCAGAAGCCACCCAGCAGCGAAUGGGCUACGGUCGAGCCGCGCUGCUCGCGUUCCUGAAGUACAUCCUUGCUCACGAGUCCGAGAUCCUGGCCGAGUUCUUCUCCCAACCACAAGUGGAGGAUGGACAUCAUCGCAAUCGCAUGCAGCACGCGUCUUCUGCCCUCCUUGGACAUUUCGAUCACCUGUCCGUGAAGAUCGGCAGCGCGAACUUCCGCAGCAUGGCGCUCUUCCAAGGCCUUGCGUUUCGCAAGACGAGCGAGGAACCAAGCUACUUUGGAGAAUUUGAACUGCGCCUGUCCCGGGCGGGGCUGGUGGACUUGAUCGCACGUGUCGAGGCCGAUACGAUGGCGGAGGUGACGGGUAAGGGGGGGUUGCUCGAAGGCUAUCGCGAGACGGGGUAUUCGUGUCAAUAG